CUCAGAGCUUCAGCUGCUGACCUCAUCAUUCUUCCCCGUCGCAUUCUCAACUGAUAUCACAUUGCUCACUCCGCAUGACGAACUCCGCACGAAACGGGCAGUUCUAUGCGUAUCGCGAUAAACAAUUGUAUAUGCUUAAUCUCAGUUUAUCCAUAUUCAAAAUAAUAGCCCACCAUCCUCAACUACUAGCGAGGGAAGCUACCGCUCUCCGCUCCACCACCACAUCAGCUACGAUGGCAGACAUUCUCACACAGCUCCAAACAUGCUUGGACCAGCUCGCAACCCAAUUCUACGCCACCCUCUGUUACCUAACAACAUACCACGACCACUCCGCCGCAACCCCACCCUCCAACGUCCCAACCGCAAUCCCACAACUGAAAAAGAUUCCCAAAAACCCUCCUCCCACAACUACUGUAUCCACCACCGCCAAAGGCACCAGUGGAGCCGCUGCCUCCUCACAAGCCCAACAAUCCACCACCCCGGCAGCCGCAGAAGCACAAGCCCAGCAAGAAGAAUCGCCUCCAGCAGAACCCACCCCAGAUACCCCCGAGAUCUUUGCGCUACGACAGCGCGAGCUAGCGCGUGACCUAAUCGUCAAAGAGCAGCAGAUUGAGUACCUCAUCAGCGUUUUACCUGGGGUGGGGAGCAGUGAGACGGAGCAGGAGGAGAGGAUUAGGCGGCUAGCGGAGGAGUUGAGGGUUGUGGAGGCGGAGAGGAUGGAGAAGAGGAGGGAGAUGAGGAGGUUGGGGGAGAGGGUUGAUGAGCUGUUGGGAGCUGUGGAGGGGAGGUGGUAAGGGAACGAUACUCUUCGGGGAGGGUGGUUGGUCGUUUUUGGAGUUUUCUGGGUUUAUGGGUAACUUUCUUUGGCAGGAGGGGAUUUAUUAAAUAAAUAGUACGGACGGCGUUGGAUGGAUGGUGGUGGUGCGUUCUUUUGUGGUUGCUUGUGGAUGGGAUUCCUUUGACCUGUUGGAUAUUCAUUGCUUUCCUAUUAUUGACACUAAAAUUUAUAGGGCAUUGGCACUGCCUUCCUGAGUGAGAGAUCCCCGUGGACUUAGUCCACGAGAUAUGGCAGUAUGUCGUCAAUAUCUAAUGAUAAAAAUACAUGAUUCCGUUGCUUGUAAAUUGAUAUAUAAGAAGACAAGAGGGAUCGGGUAAACAAUCCGAGAUACCUCACUUUUUUUUGUUCCAGAUAUCUAUUUAUCUAUGUGGAACGAACCUAAGAGUAGGAGUGAGACUUCGAGAAGCAAAAAUCCACAGGACUAUCAAAUAGUUCAUCAUCGGGCAGGAAUGAUGAAAUAAGCUGCGAAUUCGAGAGUAAAUCAUUAGCCCGCCAAAGUUAAAAGCGCGCCGCCAUGGGCAGAGGUGUUACAAACAAAUGUAAAAGGUCUUGGAAUGGGAUGUACAUGUACAUGUGCAUACAAAAGGGAUACGAAGAUGAAAAAAAUAUAAAAUGAAGUGAAAAUGAAACAGCA